AUGGAAAAGAACGUCAAGAUGAAGAAGAAGGUAUAUAUCAAUUGAUUUUACUAGUUUAUUUCCCCAUAAACGAUAAAAACCGUCCUUGUCAACUUUCGUCUUGUCGUUUUAGGUUCUUCUGAUGGGCAAGAGUGGCUCUGGGAAAACCAGUAUGCGGUCGAUAAUUUUCGCCAACUAUAUCGCAAGAGACACGAGAAGAUUAGGCGCAACAAGUAAGACCUUCCUUUCCUUAAUUUUUAUUCGUUGGGCUGCGUUUCUUGGCUUGAAUUUUCUUUACUUUGUCGAUUGUAUUUUAUACCUGGUCAUGUUGCACAGGAAAGUUCAAUACAAUACGCGCUCAAUUUAUCUUUUUAGUCGACGUUGAGCAUUCUCAUGUGCGAUUUCUUGGAAAUUUGGUCCUUAAUCUGUGGGAUUGUGGAGGGUAAGUUAGUUAACUGUUAAAACACAUUUUGUGAGCUGAGAUAUAAGAGAAUCUGAUCCUAAUAUACCGAGAUAUUUCCCUACGUACUGUCGCUAAGGUCUAGUAACAUAUCCAGGGCAAGUCGUUAAGGCUGCUUACACGUAAGGUUUCCCAAUACAUUUAUUAUGCUUUUAUGUCGUGACUGUAUUCAUAUAAACUAGUUGCAUGAAACAAUAUGAUAUUGCUGAAUGCAUAAUAAUCUGUAUGGGGGCUCUGCAGAAAUCUUGCAGAAUACAAGGGGCUGGAGGGAAUGUGUGUUUUAUCCAAAGGGUACAUUUUAGUUGGAAUGUGCUCCAUAAAUUUAACUAUAAAGAUCUGAUGAUAGCAAAGGCAAGGAAAACGUCAAAAGCAAAUUAAAUUCAGGGAGCAAAACUACAACUUUGCAUGUGCAGCAUGCUUUUGUCAAUACAUUUGUUUGCUGUCGCAGCACGACUGUGACAUGAAAAUGCUUAAUUUGACAUCCUUUGGAGGAAGUAAACAAGCAACAAUGAAAUCUUCUUUCUCUUUCUGAACUGUUUGGGAUCCUAAUACCACUGUAAUAAAUUAUUACAGUUGUAGGGUACUAAGAAAGUAAGUUUUACAGCUUGCCCUUUGGGAAGCUGUGGCUAGCAUAUACUAGCCCAAAAGGACUUUCGAUGAGUAUAGUCGACUCCUGGUAACUCGAACCUUCCACUAAGUCAAGGCAAUUUUAAUUUUCCCUUCGAACUUGAACUUUUUUCUAUUCUCGUUGAUGGUUCGAAUUAACAGGAGUCAACUGUACUUUAAAUCAUUAAUUUAAAAUAAAUUCACAGUUUUAAAAUAAAUUGUUAUUAUUUGUUAAUUGAUUACAUUAGUUAACAAAUUGCUUGCUUUAUUAAUUUAUUGUAAUAGUAACUAAUAAUUAUUUUCACUUUGUCAGAUCAGCUUGAAAAACAGCUCUAUCUACAUGAAUUUUUUAGGAAUUUAUACUGUAAUUGUUUAAAUUCAAAUUAUUUGUCUUACAGUACUUCUAAUUCUCUCUAAAAAACUUCAGCUGCGUGUUGUGCAAGUUAAGAACAGAAUUCAUGAGAUGCAUUACAAAAUCUACUAGCCCGGGGCUGUUGGAGAUAACUUUCUUGCACACUGCAGUUAUUAUGAUGUAAGAUGUGUAACAAGUGGAUGAACAUGUAAAAACCUGCUUAACGGAGAGAUUAGUUAGUAAGAUUAUUUCUCCCUUAUUUUUUCAGGCAAGAGGCAUUCAUGGAAAACUAUUUUACAAGCCAGAGAGACAACAUUUUCAGAAAUGUUGAAGUGCUAAUCUAUGUGUUUGAUGUGGAGAGUCGUGAGUUGGAGAAGGACAUGCAUUAUUAUCAGACUUGCUUAGAAGCAAUCCUUCAAAAUUCACCGGAUGCAAAGAUAUUUUGUCUAAUACACAAGAUGGAUUUGGUCCAAGAGGAUCAGAGAGACUUGGUGAGAUACUUUUUCUUUCUCCGUUAGUUCCAUGGGUUUUAUAGUUGUAAAUUUUGCCAAGAAAACUUGUCUGUCUGAGGAAUAAACAGAUGUUAAAUAAAAUUUAAUAAUAAAAUUUAUUAAAAAAUUAAUAAUAAUUAUAAUAAGUCAUUGGCAUAUACAUGUUUAGUGCAUGUGGCCUGAUAUUAACCCUUGUGACCAACAUCAAUUUUCUCCUAACGAUAUCCAUAGAUUGUCAAGAGCAAAGUCUAUGAGAAUCAACAAAUUGAUUACAACGAGAUCAAUCUUUGAUCUUUUAUCAAAUUCUCUCAACUAAUUUUUAAAGGAUAUGUAUAGAGAUAAGUCUGGAGAAUUUGUAAGUGGAUAUUGGGGCUUAAAGGGUUAAAGCUGAUGUGGCAUCUAUAUAAGAAGAGCAGUGUAUGUAUAUAUGUUAUGGGUCAAAUUUGAUUUUAGGUUAAUUUUAACUUAACUAAAUUGAGUCUCUAUUUCCUUUGUUUCCUAGUCCUAACUCACAAAUAAUAACUAUUCGUGAGUUAGGACUAGGAAACAAAGGAAAUAGAGACUCAACCUAGUUAAGUUAAAAUUAUUAGGGUUAGGAGUCAAAGGAAAUUGAGAAUCAACCUACAGUAGCUUAAAAAAAUUAACCUGAAAUCAAAUUUAACCUUGUAACAUAUACUUCAUUUUGUAUGAACGUGUGUGCCAAGCUGCAUUAUUUUGUUUUGUAUCUGGCUCUAUUUCAACAGAUUUUCAGGGAGCGAGAAGAUGACCUGAAGAGACUUUCUAAGCCCCUAGAUUGCACCUGCUUUCGCACUUCAAUCUGGGAUGAAACACUCUACAAAGCUUGGUCAUCCAUUGUGUAUCAACUCAUUCCUAAUGUUACACAGUUGGAACAGAACCUUGAGAACUUUGCAUCCAUUAUUGAUGCCGAUGAGGUUUUGCUGUUUGAGAGAGCGACAUUUCUUGUAAGUACUCUGUUUUUUGAUGUUCAAGCCAGUGAAAGUUAAACACAAGUCAGUGCCUCCCCCAACCCCCACCACUCAAAAAAAUUGGAGAGUAAUGCUUGUCUGUUAAGAUAAUGGGAGGCUGCCUGAAAAAUUUUGCUAAUUCUGGGCAAUGCAGAAUUGCAAAUUCCUGUUCAAACUGGGAUUUUUAAGGAGAGAAUUAAAAUCCAGAAAACUCAAUAGAGAACCCUUAGAGAAGGGCUGAAAAGUAACACUUACAAAAGUAUUUUAAUCUGCCUGUAAAUUUUGAGGCAAGGGACACAACAAUCACUGUCUGCUAAUAGUCAGCAACUUUGUACUCACUCGCACUGAUCCUCUACACCAUUCCUGGCACUCUUAAAUGAUUACGACGGGACUGAGGACUUUGUUUGUACAGAGCAGUGACUAAACUUGUAAAAGUCUGACUUUUUAUUUUGGUAUUGUUUUUCUUUUUUCUUUUCUUUGUUGUUCAUUUUAUUCAUCUAGUUUGUCUUGUUAUUUUUCUUGAUGUUAUUAGUGUAAGUAGCUGUGUUCCGAGCCUUAUCUUCUUUCUUGUUUUGUAAUUUAGGUUAUUGUCCUUCAGGCGUAUUGUAUUAUGUGAAAGUAUUGUAAUAAAAGGAAGUCUGACUUGCUCAUCACUUUAUAUUAUUCUGUUUGUCAUCUCCAGGUUAUCUCAUACUGUCAGCGCAAAUCCCACAAAGAUGUACACAGAUUUGAAAAAAUAAGCAAUAUCAUCAAGCAAUUCAAACUCAGUUGCAGGUAAGCGAAUGUCAGUCUUUUAAAAACCAAGGAGAAAAUAAGUUGUUUGUUGUUAAUGCAGUUUAUAUUGGAAAUAGUCGAACAGUUUGCAGAUACAUUAAAUGCAUAUGAAGCUGAGCAGAACUGUUGUAAAAUGAAAGUUACGUUAAAGCAGAAAGGUAUUUUUAGCAGUUGGGCACAUGUUAAUAUUGGUUAUUAUUAUAACAUCAUGUGGAAACACUCUGUCACCAGGAAUCCUAAUACCUAAUGUUAGAUACCAGGAAUGUCAUUAAGUUUUAAGCAGCCCUAGUAAAUGAAGAUUCACCCGUAACAUCUCACAAAAAUCUUAAGCUUUCCACUUUGAUCACCCGCAAUGUCAAGUGUGCUUAGCCAUAACAGGUGUUAUGGGUUACAACCCAUAAUGACAGCUCUGCAUACCAGAUCCCAUCCCUUCCUGUCUAAAGCCAGGGGAUGGGGUUCAAAUUUUCAUUGUACUCCAACCGAAAGGAGAUUUUAUACAUAGUAAAUUGUUAGUCUACUUACUCAAUUUACUUUAUUUUAAUUUCUCCUGCCCUGCCAUCUGUUACAUUCUACUGGCUAUCCUCAUCAAAGCUCCACAAGGUUCUGUGAUACACAAAUUUUCAUUGAAGUUGGGUGAUUCACUCGACUUGUUCUUUACUUUCAAGCUUUACUUGGCUGUAACUGUGCAUAACCGUCUUUUCCAGCAAACUGCAUGCUCAUUUUCAAAGCAUGGAGGUGCGGAAUUCAAGCUUUGGAGCAUUCAUUGAUGUCUUUACACCCAACACAUAUGUCAUGGUGAUCAUGUCUGAUUCAACAAUCCGUAAGUACUAAAAAUUUAUAACUACACGGGGACUUAUCCUUUACAUGAAAAAGCCAGAAAUUUUGGUUGGAAAAUCAAAUGAUUUGUGUCAUUCCGUGUGAAAAGCUUCAGAAAAUAUGGGAUGGAAUUUGAGGCAAUGAAAUUUAAUACUGUUUUGGUGUGUGUAGCUGAUUUGGAUAUAUUACUAGCGGGUCAUUUUCCCACCACAUCAAAUUUUGUAGUUUAAUGUUUAUGCACGAGAUUCCAACCCUGGCUGGUUUGUGUAAGUGGUAAGCACCCCAACCCCCUCUCACAUAAUAUCGAAAACUAGUACAGUAAUAACCUAAGGUUACGGAGUGCAGGCAACAAUGAUCAAAGGUCAAAACGCUUUUGCUCCAAUGAAGUACUUUGCAUAAGUUUCACGUGACAUAUGGUCAAAACACUCAUGAUCAGAUUACAAGUGAUAGAAGGUCCAAAUGCGCUUGAUCAAAUUACGUUCUGUGCAUUCCAUUCAUUCUUAGACCCUGUUUACAUGGAGUGGGGGACCCCAGUCUAGUGGGGUAGGUUUCUUUUGUUUUGUGUCCUCCAGAGCGUGAAAACAAAAGAAACCAACCCCACUAGACCGGGGUCCCCCACUCCAUGUAAACAGGCCCUUAGUGGAAGUCCAAAUGAAUGCUGGCUACAUACAUGUGACGCAUGCAUAAUAACCUGAAUUUGGAGAUUAUAAUUGCAGACUCCUCUUGUCGCCUGCAAAAGUCCAAAGCCCCACAAAUGUAUAUGUUGUUGUUAAUUUUUUAUUUCAGUUAAGUUUUGUUUUUUGUUUGUUUAAAAUUCAUUAGCAUACAUACCAUGCCUAAAAACAAUAGAAAAACAAAAAUUAACUGCAACAUAUACAUGACUGCGGUAGAAUGAAGACAUACCAAAUCAUGACGUUUUGGUUGGUUAAAUGUACUUGUUUUAAUUUCAUAUAAUAUAAUAUAGUUUUUUAUCAGUUUAUGUUCAUUAAACACAAACAAAAUGAAAAAUUUAAUGAGAUUUCAAGGGAAAAAAUGUUACUUGCCUCAGGUAGCCUGGUUACAUGUAUGCUACAUGGGCUACAUGUGACACAAGGGUGACUUUUCCUGUCUUAAGCCUGGUCUUGAACAUGGUUUAGAUUGCAUGAUACCCUUAAUGAAAACCACAUGGCAUCUUGAUAUCAACAUCCUUUAUUAAAAAGUUGUUGUUUUUUUGUGUGGAAUUUUGUUUUUCACAUUGAUUCUAGCUAUCCAUUCCAUAACAUGAAGUACGUAAACGAAAUGAAAAAUGUUUCAUUUUAAGCUUGGUGAAACAAAUGUGAAAAUGAAAUGAUCAGCAUGUCACAAGGGUAGGACAAAGAGAAAAACUGAGUUCCCGAAUAGGUUCAAACCUAUGACCUCCUAAACACUGGGCGGGCGCUCUAUCCACUUGAGCUACAGAGAACUCAUGGAGAGUGAGGCCAUAUACUAGGUUCAUGUCGCAUCCUGCAUACUGCUAGGAUCAGCAAUGUUGUACGUAGUUUUGUCAGGUGUGAUGUUGUACUUACCGUUCAGUAGUUUAUAGAAAUGCUCAUGGUUUUCCCACAGACACAAAAUGGCCAAGGACUGAGAAACUGAUAUGUACACUUUAAUUUGCAUAGAAAUAUGUUGUUGCACUCUGUGCAUUAGCCUGCAUCGCGGAUGUAAUCGAACCGUGGUUAGUACAGUCUGUAAAGCAGCUCCGAUAUCCUUGUUCAGGGCUCUCAAUGGACUGGCAGUGAUUGGCUUGCAAAUCAUGGCACCUACUCAAAUCCAGGUACUCAGGAGAAGGCCAAGAACAAGGAUUUCAGCCCUGUUUUGCAUACAGACUUAACCACAAGUCUAGUUCCAUCUGUUGCACAGGUUAUCCGUGCAUGUAACGUUGUGGUUUACAAUGCAAAAAUAAAGCAAAAUGCUCUUUUUUUUCCACAGCAUCAGCUGCCACACAGAUCAACAUUCGCAAUGCAAGAAAACACUUUGAGAGGCUAGAGAAAGUUUCUAGUAAUGGACAUUCCCUUAAAGGAAGAUAG